GCCCUUCUCCAGGUUCUGUCUCUCCCCUCCUGAUUCUUGCCACCAGAUGCAGGACCCUGUCCUGCCCCUGCAUAAUGGCAUGCUCAAGGACCUGCUCCCGUAUUCUGGGGCUGAGCCUCGGGACUACAGCCCUGUUUGCUGCUGGGGCCAACAUGGUGCUCCUCUUUCCUAACUGGGAUGUGACCUACCUGUUGAGAGGCCUCAUUGGCAAGCAUGCCAUGCUGGGCUCUGGGCUCUGGGGAGGAGGACUCAUGGUACUCAUUGCGGCUACCCUCAUCUCCUUGGUGGGCUGGAGAUACGGCUGUUUCAGCCAGAGUGGGCCCUGCCGAAGCAUGCUCACUGCUCUGUUGUCAAGUGGCCUGGCUUUGCUUGGAGCCUUGAUUUGCUUUCUCACUUCUGGAGUAGCCUUGAAAGAUGGUCCUUUUUGCAUGUUCACUGUCUCAUCCUUCAACCAGACGCAAGCUUGGAAAUAUGGCUACCCAUUCAAAGACCUACAAAACAGGAAUUAUUUAUAUGACCACUCCCUCUGGACCUCUGUCUGCCUGGAGCCGUUUAAAGCCGUCAUUUGGCACGUGUCCUUCUUCUCUGCCCUUUUGUGCAUCAGCCUCCUCCAGAUUCUCCUGGUGGUCAUUCAUUUCUUCAACACUUUCCUGGGCCUUUUCUGCAGCUUCUGUGAGAAGUCAUAG